AAAAAAACAUGAUACUUCAUAUUCAACAAAACAAUUUUGUAAAAGAAAACUUAAAACAAUUCGAAUGUUUUGGAAUUGGAUAUCCUGUCUAGAAUGUAGUUCUAUGUUUAAUGUUACUAAGAACAAAUAUUAAAGAAACUCUACCGAUUCCAUUUGGUAUUUGCUUACAAUAAUAAAGUGUAGUUAAAGUUUUAACUUUCCUUUUUGUUUCUCCCUGUCUUUCCCAACAGCCUUAGAUCCUUGUACUUACACUAAGGCCUUACACAGCCUAAGCACAGUUACAAACAAUAGACAAGCUCGUACCAGACAAACCUACAAGUUACUUUGGGCAUAUACACCUUAAUUGUUUUAAUCUAAGAUAUACACUGGACAUUGGCUAAAUCUCGAAGAAGAAGAAAAAGAAGAAUCACAGAAGAAAUCUAAUCGAUAUGGGCAGGACUUACAGAUAGGAUUUCGGGAUACAUUAGGGGAUUUAAAAAAAAUAUAUAUUUCUGAGAAAACAAGGGACUUUAAAUUUCCCCAAUCUGUUGCAAUCAAACCUAAUAGAAUAGAGAAAAUGUCGAACAAAAAGGAGAGAAUGUGGUUUAAACCAACAUUUGAUUUUGAUCAAUGUGAUCCACCCAAGAAAUCAAAAGAACAAGCUAUAAGUACCAGUGUAUCAACUACUGUUUCUACAGACAAAGAAAGCAUUCACUCAAAAAUAAAUAACAUUAACAAUAUACAUCACAAAAGUUGGAUGAAAAAGUUUGAUCCAGUGACAGUGCAAGAUUUGGCAAUACAUAAUAAAAAAGUUCAAGAUGUUGAAGAAUGGAUUAAUGACUCUUGUAGUAGUAAUCACAGUCAUAUGUUGUUGUUGACUGGUCCUGUUGGUUGUGGCAAAACAGCCACAAUUCAUAUGUUAGCAAAAAAACACAAUAUAAAAGUUACAGAAUGGAUAACACCAAUUGACAUUGAAAUACCUUCUGAAAAUGGUGAAUUUGAGUUUCGGGAAAAACAGUCUACAAAAUUUAUGGAUUUCAUUUUAAAAGCUGCUAAUUUUACCUCGCUAUUAGAUGAUAAUACUAAGAAAUUAGUUUUGGUUGAGGACUUUCCCAAUACCUUUCUAAGAUCACCUUCCGAAUUCACUGAAGUCUUGCAUCAAUACAAAAGGAGAGCAAAAUCACCAGUGGUCUUCAUAUGUUCUGAUACUCAUACAGAUAGUAAAAAUACGGCAGGCAGUUUGUUUACAUUCAGUCUUCAGGAGGAGUUUGAAAUUCAUCAUAUUGUAUUUAACAGUGUUUCAGUGACAGGUCUACGUUCAGCUCUAAAGAGAGUUUCUGAGUUAAUCAGUAAGAAAUAUAUAUCAUUUUAUGACAUACCAACAUCAGACAUGAUAGAAUGUGUUGUAAAUUCUUCAGCAGGUGAUAUUAGAUCAGCUGUUUUGAACUUACAUUUUGCAUGUUUGAAAGGCAGUAAAUGUGAUUUAGAGACAAGUUCUGUAAUUAUAAAAGAAACAAAAUCCAAAGCAUCUAAAAAGAAGAAACAAACAUCUAGCAAGUUUCUAUCACUAGGUAAAGAUCAAACUGUCAGCAUUUUGCAUGGGGUUGGCAGAGUUUUAAAUCCUAAAGUAAUAAUGGAUAAUAACUGCCAAAGACUUUCUUACGCCCCAAGUGAUGUAAUAGAACAAUUUCUAAGCCAUCCAAGCUCUUUUGUAAACUUUUUAGCAGAAAAUUACCUUCCACACUUCUCUUCAAUUGACCAUGUAGAUAAGGCCGCGAGUGCAUUAAGUGAUGCAGAUUUUAUGUUAGCAGAAUGGAGGGAAAAAAUAUGUCAAGAAAAUGGAUUAUAUGUAGCGGUUGCGGGUUUAAUGCUUUCAAAUAAGGCACCUGUUUCGGCAUGGAAUCCAGUAAGAGGACCAAAGAAUAUGAAAAUCAUAUAUCCAUCACCACGCGAGUUUCCUGCUUUAGAUCAAAACUAUUUACACAAAGGGAGAGUCUUAGCCAUAGAUUACAAGACUUAUCUUCAUAUUAUUGGUAGUAAUGUAUAAUGUUUUCGUAGUUUAUUUAUGUUUAAUAUAUUCUUAAUAAAAUAUAAACCGUU